GGGCCCGCCGCACUCUGCACUCGGCCGCCGGGGCGGCAGGGACGGGACGGCUACGGGCGGGGGCUCUGCGGGCCGGGAUCGGAGUCCGGGCCCGAGCCCGAGCCGCAGCGGGAGGCCAGAGGGUUGUAGGCAGAGAUGGCGGCCGCGGGGGCCGCGGCGGCGGCGGAAGGGAUGGAGCCGCGGGCGCUGCAGUACGAGCAGACCCUGAUGUAUGGCCGGUAUACUCAGGACCUUGGGGCCUUUGCCAAAGAGGAAGCUGCUCGGAUUCGCCUGGGAGGGCCCGAGACCUGGAGGGGUCCACCUUCCUCUCGGGCUCCUCCAGAGCUUCUGGAAUAUGGACAGAGCCGUUGCGCCCAAUGCCGCAUCUGUUCCGUACGCUGCCAUAAGUUCCUGGUGUCCAGGGUUGGUGAAGACUGGAUCUUCCUGGUCCUGCUGGGGCUCCUCAUGGCUCUGGUCAGCUGGGCCAUGGACUAUGCCAUCGCUGCCUGUCUGCAGGCUCAACAGUGGAUGUCCCGGGGCUUGAACACCAGCCUCUUUCUCCAGUACCUGGCCUGGGUCACCUACCCCAUCGUCCUCAUCACUUUCUCAGCUGGAUUCACACAGAUCCUGGCUCCUCAGGCUGUCGGCUCCGGCAUCCCUGAGAUGAAGACCAUCUUGCGGGGUGUGGUGCUGAAGGAAUACCUCACCCUGAAGACCUUUGUUGCCAAGGUCAUUGGGCUAACCUGUGCCCUGGGCAGUGGGAUGCCCCUUGGCAAAGAGGGCCCUUUCGUGCAUAUCGCCAGCAUGUGUGCCGCCCUGCUCAGCAAGUUCCUCUCCCUCUUCGGGGGCAUCUAUGAGAAUGAAUCCCGGAACACAGAGAUGCUGGCCGCCGCCUGUGCCGUGGGCGUAGGCUGCUGCUUUGCGGCACCUAUUGGAGGCGUCCUGUUCAGCAUCGAGGUCACGUCCACCUUCUUCGCAGUGCGGAACUACUGGCGAGGCUUCUUUGCUGCCACCUUCAGUGCCUUCAUCUUCCGGGUCUUGGCAGUCUGGAACCGUGAUGAAGAGACCAUUACGGCUCUCUUCAAAACCCGGUUCCGGCUUGACUUCCCCUUUGACCUCCAGGAGCUGCCAGCCUUUGCUGUCAUUGGUAUUGCCAGUGGCUUUGGGGGAGCGCUCUUCGUCUACCUGAACAGGAAGAUUGUGCAGGUGAUGCGGAAGCAGAAAACCAUCAACCGCUUCCUCAUGAAGAAACGCCUGCUCUUCCCGGCUCUGGUGACCCUGCUCAUCUCCACUCUGACCUUCCCCCCUGGCUUUGGACAGUUCAUGGCCGGACAGCUCUCACAGAAAGAAACUCUGGUCACCCUGUUUGACAACCGGACAUGGGUCCGCCAGGGCUUGGUGGAGGACCUCGAGCCACCAGGAACCUCACAGGCCUGGAGCCCACCGCGUGCCAAUGUCUUCCUCACCUUGGUCGUCUUCAUUCUCAUGAAGUUCUGGAUGUCUGCACUGGCCACUACCAUCCCAGUGCCCUGUGGGGCCUUCAUGCCAGUCUUUGUCAUUGUGCCCCCCACCCUCCCCCCUCCACUACCUGUUUCUCUUCCCACCCCCCUCCCUGAAGGAGCAGCAUUCGGGCGUCUGGUGGGCGAAAGCAUGGCUGCCUGGUUCCCAGACGGGAUUCACACUGACGGCAGCACCUACCGGAUCGUUCCUGGGGGCUAUGCAGUGGUGGGGGCGGCCGCCCUGGCAGGAGCAGUGACACACACAGUGUCCACGGCUGUGAUCGUGUUCGAGCUCACGGGCCAGAUCGCCCACAUCCUACCCGUCAUGAUCGCCGUCAUCCUGGCCAACGCCGUUGCCCAGAGCCUACAGCCCUCACUCUAUGACAGCAUCAUCCGGAUCAAGAAACUGCCCUAUCUGCCUGAGCUGGGCUGGGGCCGCCACCAGCAAUACCGGAUGCGAGUGGAGGACAUCAUGGUACGGGACGUUCCCUAUGUGGCCCUCAGCUGCACCUUCCGAGACCUUCGGCUGGCUCUGCACAGGACCAAGGGCCGCAUGUUGGCUCUCGUAGAAUCCCCUGAGUCCAUGAUCCUCCUGGGCUCCAUUGAGCGCUCACAGGUGGUGGCUUUGCUGGCAGCCCAGCUGAGCCCAGCUCGCCGGAGGCAGUAUGCGCAAGAGCGUCGGGCUGCCCAGACCUCCCCACCUCCUGAUCAGGAAAGUCCCCCCAGCCCUGAGGCCUCUGUCCGCUUCCAGGUGAACACAGAGGACUCAGGUUUCCCUGCAGCUCGGGGAGACACUCACAAGCCCCUGAAGCCUGCUCUCAAGAGGGGGCCCAGCAACACCGUGAACCUUGGGGAGAGUCCCACAGGGAACAUGGAGCAGGCAGGCAUCGCUCUCAGGAGCCUCUUCUGUGGCAGUCCACCCCCCGAGGCUGCUUCAGAGUUGGAGAAGUCGGAAUCAGGUGACAAGCGCAAGCUGAAGCGGGUCCGAAUCUCCCUGGCGAGUGACUCAGACCUGGAAGGAGAGAUGAGCCCUGAGGAGAUUCUGGAGUGGGAGGAACAACAGCUGGAUGAACCUGUCAACUUCAGUGACUGCAAAAUUGACCCUGCCCCCUUCCAGCUAGUGGAACGGACCUCUUUGCACAAGACUCACACCAUCUUCUCACUACUGGGAGUGGACCACGCUUAUGUCACCAGUAUCGGCAGACUCAUUGGGAUUGUCACUUUAAAGGAGCUCCGGAAGGCAAUUGAGGGCUCCGUCACAGCACAGGGCGUCAAAGUGCGGCCACCCCUUGCCAGCUUCCGUGACAGCGCCACCAGCAGCAGUGACACAGAGACCACGGAGGUGCAUGCACUCUGGGGGCCCCACUCCCAUCAUGGCCUCCCCCGGGAGGGGAGCCCUUCUGACAGCGAUGACAAGUGCCAGUGAACCCCUAGAUGGGCAGCCUGGGAUGGCAGUGGCCAUGCUGAUCCUGAAGCUCUCCUGUUCCUUCUGCUGUGGGAAAGGAGGUGGUUACACUAAGGGCUGGAGCCCUUCCAGGCCUGGGGGGUGCCAAGCUCCUCCCGGUUCGUCCUCCCCGGACUCUGAGUGCCCACCUGCAGCAAGUGUUCAUGGGCAGGAAGACCAGCAUCCGCCCGGCAGGGUAGGGGUAGAGGCACUGGACCCCUGUUCCCCCUUGGAGGGGGAAAAGGGUAGAACUAAGAUGGGUUUAUACUGGAACCUCCUCCAAUGACCAGAUGUAUAUAGAGAUUUACAAAGAUUUUUAUAUUAAUUUAAUA